GCGCGCGAUGGUUGUUAACUUUGCAACCAAACCACUUCACUCCAUUUUUCAAAGCUUGUUCCCAUCCUCCAUUAACCUACAGGUUAGAGCACGAAUCCAAGCUCCAAUGGCGAUGUCGUCGUCUUCGUGUCCGGUGGCGGAUUUGGUACUGAAGAACGCACUCAUUUUCACCAGCGACGAUUCUCUUCCUUUUGCCGAUUCCAUGGCCAUUCUCAACCGCAGGAUUCUCCGCGUCGGCACCUACUCCACUAUUCAGGAAUUGGUUGGACAAGGGACAAGAGAGUUGAACCUCGGGGGAAAAAUUGUGGUUCCUGGAUUUAUUGAUUCACAUGGCCACAUAAUUUAUCAAGGACUGCAGAUGAAGCAAGUGAACCUUCAUGGUGUAAAUCAUAAACACGAGUUUGUGAGAAGGAUUGCAGAAGCAGCUAAAAACACUAAGAAAGGAAAUUGGGUACUGGGUGGUGGAUGGAAUAAUGAUCUUUGGGGAGGUGAAUUGCCAAUGGCUUCUUGGAUUGAUGAUGUUACGCCAUCUAACCCUGUUCUUCUCUCAAGGAUUGAUGGUCAUAUGAGCUUGGCUAAUAAUGUGACACUUAAGCUGGCUGGCAUCUCUAAUUUAACGGAAGAUCCAGAAGGCGGGACCAUAGUGAAAACUACUGAUGGAGAUCCUACUGGAUUGCUGAUUGAUUCUGCAAGGAAGUUGGUCCUACCUUUUAUUCCGAAGGUUUCGGUGGGAAGAAGAGAAGCAUUGCUAAGGUCAGUAAUCUUGCUCUGGCUAGAUGUUACAACAAUAGUUGAUUUUGGGAGAUUACCGGGAGAAUCAGUGCAAUUAUCGUGGGAAGACUUUUCAGAUGUGUAUCAGUGGGCAGAUUCUUCAGGGAAGAUGAUGAUCAGGGUUUGCUUAUUUUUUCCAAUGGAAACAUGGUCAUCUCUACACGAUCUUAUCCACAAAAUGGGUCAAGUUGUGAGCCCAUGGAUUUACUUGGGUGGUGUCAAGGGUUUUGCUGAUGGGUCUUUAGGUUCACAUACUGCUUUGUUUCAUGAGCCUUAUGUUGAUGAGCCUGACAACUGCGGCAUGCAAAUGACAGAACGUGAGAAGCUUUUCAACUUGACCAUGGAAUCAGAUAUAUCUAAGCUUCAGGUUGCUAUUCAUGCCAUUGGCGACAAAGCAAAUGAUAUGGUCCUUGAUAUCUAUGAAUCUGUUAUUUCCACAAAUGGGCCAAGGGAUCGAAGAUUUAGGGUUGAGCAUGCUCAACAUUUGGCACCUGGAGCUCCUCAACGAUUUGGUAAACUAGGGAUUAUUGCUUCAGCCCAGCCCGAACACCUUUUGGAUGAUGCAGAGUCUGCAACAAACAAACUUGGGGCACAGAGGACUGAAAAAGAAUCUUUUUUAUUUAGAUCACUGUUAACUUGCAAAGCAUGCUUAGCAUUUGGUUCUGACUGCCCGGUUGCAAAUAUCAAUCCAUUGGGUGGUAUCAGUACUGCAAUGAGAAGGAUCCCUUCAUCCUGGGAUCACGCAUGGAUGCCAUCAGAGUGCCUCACACUCGAUGAAGCCAUAAAGGCGUAUACAAUAUCCGCUGCUUAUGCAUCCUUUCUUGACAAAGAUCUCGGAUCUCUGUCCCCAGGAAAGCUUGCAGAUUUUGUUAUAUUAUCUAGAGAUUCAUGGGAUAAGUUUGCAGCUGACGGAUCGGCUUUUAUCGAAGCAACGUAUACUGGUGGUAUACAGGCCUAUCCUUAAUGUUGCUUCUAUCUACUGAAUUCAAAAGGCGACCUGGCUCACCGGGCUAAGGAUCUCAUGUGUUGCAGCUGUUUGAACAAACUCAAAAUCCAAGAGGUACCUCUCACUUUAGCUCCAAGAUAAAUUUGAGCAUGUGUUACCAUAUGUAUACAUUAAUCUUGAAUUUUCUUUGACAUAAACACUGUUUGCUGGUCAAUAAUGCAUGUGAAUAUUAACAUGGAAAGCAUGUGGCUAUGCUCAUAUAGUUCAAGGUUCAAUACAUGCUAUGACAUUCACAAUCAGUUCUAUUUUCUAGUUUCCAGCAGUAGCUUUCUUUUCAACUUUUCCAGUUUAGUCACUGCCUUCAAUGACGUUUAAUCAAUGUCAUUUUCAUUGCACUUUUAAAAA